UUGCAACAUGAGACCCAAGGGGGCCGUUAAGUCAGCCCCAGCCCCGCCUACUGUUCCCGGGUGCUGAUCCCCGGCACAGACCACUCAGAAGUGAUUGGCUGAGGAGCUUGGAGAGGGGGCGUCGUCACUUCGCCCAAAGGUUAAAUAGGGGUUCAGGCACAAUGCUCCGGAGAAGCGCUCUCCUUCGCGAGCUCCCUGAGGCACACCAUGACCCAGACCCUCAAGUUUGCUUCCAGGGUGUUCCAUCGCGUCCGCUGGGCUCCCGAGCUGAGUGCCUCACUAAGCUACCGAGGGGACUCAGCACCCCGGAGCUUGGCAGACAUCCCAGGCCCCUCCACGCCCGGCUUCCUGGCCGAACUUUUCUGCAAAGGGGGGCUGUCGAGGCUACACGAGUUGCAGGUGCAGGGCGCCGCGCGCUUCGGGCCGGUGUGGCUGGCCAGCUUCGGGACGGUGCGCACCGUGUACGUGGCCGCCCCUGCGCUCGUCGAGCAGCUGCUGCGACAGGAGGGGCCCCGGCCCGAGCGCUGCAGCUUCUCGUCCUGGGCCGAGCACCGUCGCCGUCGCCAGCGGGCUUGCGGACUGCUCACCGCGGAAGGCGAAGAAUGGCAAAGGCUGCGCAGCCUCCUGGCGCCGCUCCUCCUCCGGCCUCAGGCGGCCGCCCGCUACACCAAAACCCUGGACGGCGUGGUCCGCGACCUCGUGCGCCGUCUGAGGCGCCAGCGGGGACGUGGCACCGGGCCACCCGCCCUCGUUCGGGACGUGGCGGGAGAGUUUUACAAGUUUGGGCUAGAAGGCAUCGCCGCGGUGCUGCUUGGCUCGCGCCUGGGCUGCCUGGAGGCCGAGGUGCCGCCGGACACGGAGACCUUCAUCCGCGCGGUGGGCUCGGUGUUCGUAUCCACGCUGUUGACCAUGGCAAUGCCCAGCUGGCUGCACCGCCUUGUGCCCGGGCCCCGGAGCCGCCUCUGCCGAGACUGGGACCAGAUGUUUGCCUUUGCUGAGCGGCACGUGGAGCUGCGAGAGGCCGAGGUAGCCACGAGGGUCCGAGGAGAGCCUGAGGUGGACAUGGAGUCUGGGGCCCACCUGACCCACUUCCUGUUCCGGGAAGAGCUGCCUACCCAGUCCAUCCUGGGGAAUGUGACAGAGUUGCUGCUGGCGGGAGUGGACACGGUGUCCAACACGCUCUCCUGGGCUCUGUAUGAGCUCUCCCGGCACCCUGAAGUCCAGACGGCACUCCGCUGCGAGAUUGCAGCUGCCCUGGGCCCUGGCUCCUGUGCCCACACCCCCGCCACCACUCUGUCCCAGCUGCCCCUGAUGAAGGCGGUGGUCAAGGAAGUGCUGAGACUGUACCCUGUGGUACCUGGAAAUUCCCGUGUCCCAGACAAAGACAUCCAAGUGGGUGAAUAUAUUAUCCCCAAAAAUACACUGGUCACGCUGUGCCACUACGCCACUUCAAGGGACCCUGCCCAGUUCCCAGAGCCAAAUUCAUUUCGUCCAGCUCGCUGGCUGGGGGAGGGCCCAGCCCCCCACCCCUUUGCCUCACUUCCCUUUGGCUUCGGCAAGCGCAGCUGCAUGGGGAGACGCCUGGCAGAGCUGGAGCUGCAGAUGGCCUUGGCUCAGAUCUUGACCCAUUUUGAGGUGCAGCCAGAGCCAGGUGCUGCCCCAAUCAGACCCAUGACCCGGACUGUCCUGGUACCUGAGAGGAGCAUCAACCUACAGUUUGUAGACAGAUAGUCCUGUGGAAAGAGGCCAUCACCAUCACCCUUUCUCUCGUCACAGGGGUUUGUUCGACACAAGGCCAAGAGACACAAUUUUCUCUGAGGCUCGUCUGACCAACCCAGAUAGGAUGGCCAUAGCAAAGUGCUUGAGGCAGCCCUGACUAGUGUGUGACAUAUGCACUUGGCCUGACUCAGUAGGCCCCAAGAAGACAUGGUCCCUCCCCCGGUCUGUUGGGUCAUAUACAUCCUUCAAGGGCCAAUGCAGAUUUUAACUCAUAAUGUUGGGUUCCCUGAGGAAGGAUCCAACCACCGCUCUUUAGUGCUUCCCUAGCGAUCGUUGAUGCUGCUGGCUAAGGAUUUAUUGCAGCCUGGGCUAAGUAACUGUGCAUCUGGGCUGCACCUGACUGGUCCUUCCUCUUCGCAUGUAAGCUCUUUGAGAAGAAGGUUGAGGCCUUACUGGGUCUUUAUAUCCCCUGCCAGGGCCUGUCUCUGACUGGGUGACACCAUCCACAUUCUCAGAUCAAAUCUGGACUACAUCGCAGAAGGGAUAAGUGACUUACUAGGCUCUGUCAACCCCCUUCCUUCAUCUUGCCCCUCCGAGGGUGAAUCUGCCCUAGCCUGGCUUACAGUUUUUAAAAACUCUCCUCCUUUGCUCUCUGGUCACUAUUUAGUGGUCUUGCCCUACCACUUGGCUCCCAGGAAGAAACAACAUUGGGCCUGCCCCUGUCCAGGCCUCUGUCUCUCUUAUAUGGAAAUUUUUUAAUAUUCAUGUUUUAGAAUUAAAAUAUCAAAUGUCCCAUUCUUGA